CACAGGAAGUAGCACGGAUGUAAUUUGAUGGGACGCAGGCCGCAAUUCCGGUCUCUUUUCCCUCGGCCACUGUACGAGAAUGACGAAGGGAACAUCCUCUUUCGGUAAACGCAGGAACAAGACGCACACCUUGUGCCGUCGUUGUGGCUCCAAAGCCUACCACCUGCAAAAGUCCUCCUGCGGCAAGUGUGGCUACCCCGAGAAGCGCAAGAGAAAGUACAACUGGAGCGCUAAGGCCAAGAGGAGGAACACCACUGGUACUGGCCGUCUGAGACACCUGAAGGUUGUCUACCGCCGAUUCAGAAAUGGUUUCCGGGAAGGUACCACCCCCAAACCCAGACGCGCUGCAGUGGCCGCCUCCAGCUCCUCCUAAAUGACACAUUUUUGUUUAAAUAAAUGUGAUGAACACAAAAUCUGAUUUUGUCUUCUCAAUGCAAACAAUGCAAAAUGUAACAUUUUAGUUUAAAGGUGCUUGGUUUAUCUUUGCAGUUCUACAGUGACACACAUGUCGUUAGGAUGUUCACAUACAGCUACAAUAAAAGGUUUUUCAAUA